AUGUUCAGAAAGCUCCACUCCAUCUUUAACUCCAGCCAGCAAAGGAAAGCAGAGGUGGCUGAGGGUUUCUACUACAGUGGAGCUGGCCCCACAGUGCAGCUGAUACGCAGCAGCAGCUCCGUGUAUGUGGUGGGGGACUAUGGGGAGAGAUUCAGUGAGUCCUUAAAUAAAUACAAAAGCACCAGCAGCAUGGACACAAGCCUGUACUACCUACAGGAGGAGGGAGACCGGGUGUGGAUGUUUUCACGCACCCAGGACUGUCUACAGUACCUACAGGAACUUCUGGCCCUGCGGAAAAAAUACCUGAGCAGCCUCAAUGACCUGAAGCCCAAGCCCACCCAGGGUUUCUCCAUCACCUAUUCCAAAUCCUCCAAGGGAGAAAAAAAGGCCCUAGGUGAGUCCACCUCCAAAGAAAUAAAGAAAUCAACCCCUAAGAAAUACUCGAGGUUUAGCGCGGAUGUGGCAGAGGCCAUCGCCUUCUUUGACUCCAUCAUUGCAGAGCUGGACACAGAGAAACAACCAUGGGCUGCUGAAGCAGACCCCAUGAAUGAGGAUGUGGACUUUGAUGUGGCCACCAGCUCCCAGGAGCACAGCUUGCACUCCAAUUGGAUCCUGCGGGUGCCACGCCAGCACUCUGAGGAUUUGGCUGUGCACUGCAUACACGUGACAGAUGGCCAGUUUCGAAGAAGCAUGGAGUGCAGAACCAUUGGCACUCAGAGGAGACUUGAGAGGCACCCCAUUUACUUGCCCAAGGCUGUGGAAGGAGCAUUCAACACCUUGAAGUUUAAGCCCAAAGCCUGCAAAAAUGACCUAGGAAGCUCCAGGCAGAUCCUCUUCAACUUCUCCAGAGAAGACAUGGAAUGGGAUGCAGAGAUCUUUGCACUGGAACGACUGUCAUUUCCAGGGGAAGACUACUUUGAGACAGAAAACCCCAAAGGCCAGUGGCUGCUUCGAGAGCGAUUCUGGGAGCAGACAAUGCCUUGA